GACGGGAGGCCAGCGGUGGGGGCCGAGGGGAUCGGAGCCUUGGCUAUUUUUGCGGGGAGGCUCCUCUCUCUCUUUUUCUUUUCUCUUCUCGGUGGGUCCCGGUGGAGCCGAGCCCCCGGGGUCCCCGCCGCCCGCGGGCGAUGGGGCGGGAGAGCGGGCGGCCGUGGUAGGAGGGAGCGGUCCCCGGCCGGUUGCCAUGGCGCCGGGCCUCCUCGCGUUGUGGCCGGCGCUCGCCUUAACGCUGCUGAGCCGGGCGGCGGCGGCGGGCCCGGUGGUGCGCUGCGAGCCCUGCGACGCCCGGGCGCUGGCGCUCUGCAAACCGCCGUUGGCCGACUGCGCCGAACGCGUGCGGGAGCCCGGCUGCGGCUGCUGCCUGACCUGCGCCCUGCGGGAGGGCCGGUCCUGCGGGGUGUACAGCGAGCGCUGCGGGGCCGGCCUGGCCUGCCAGCCCCGGCCCGGGGAGCCCCGCCCGCUGCAGGCGCUGCUCGACGGCCGCGGCCUCUGCACCAACGCCUCCGCACCCUCCCCCGCCAAGCUGCGCGCCCUCCUGCAGCAGGGGCCGCCCGCGCCGGGCAAUUCCAGUGAUUCAGAAGAAGACCGGAACACCAGUAGCCUAGAGACACAGGCCAUACCCAAUGCUCCCAGGGUUCUGGACUCCAAGCCUCACCCGCAUCACACCAAAAUAGAUAUCAUCAGAAAAGGCCAAGCCAAAGAUCAGCAGCGCUAUAAAGUGGAAUAUGAUUCACAAAGUACAGACACACAGAAUUUCUCUUCUGAAUCCAAGCAGGAAACUGAAUAUGGUCCUUGCCGGAGAGAAAUGGAGGACACGUUAAACCACCUAAAGUUUCUGAACGUCUUGAGUCCACUGGGUGUUCACAUUCCAAACUGUGAUAAGAAGGGAUUCUAUAAGAAGAAGCAAUGCCGCCCAUCCAAAGGCAGGAAGAGGGGAAUCUGUUGGUGCGUGGAUAAAUAUGGACAGCCUCUCCCUGGCUAUGAAGGGAAGGGGAAAGGGGACGUCCACUGCUAUAAUUUGGAGAGCAAAUGAGAGGCGGAUACCGCCUCUUUCGGAAUCUGUGCGCGGUAGGGUGGCCCAUCGGAGAGAGACCUUGGCAGGGGUGAGAAGGCGGCAUGAACUGCACUGGAUUUGGAGUUUUGAGUUCUGCCUCCUCCUGAUGAUUUGAGGGAUUUGUCGACCGACUUUGGACACUGCAGCUGCGCCCUGUCCCCGACACAUUUCCAGCUUUCUAUCCAGCCUAGAGGGAGCUCUGAAUUCCCAAGUAAAUCUGCACUAUCGAUCCCCAGAGAGAAAAAAAAAAAAGAAAAAAGGCACUUCAGAAAGGAUUCAGGGAGUCUCCACUGACUUUUUUUUUUCAAAGAACGGCCUGUGACCAAUUUGAUCCCGGAAGAUGCUGUGUUUUUAUUUUAAAGAAUUUAUAGAUUGUAAACUUUUUAAAGUAUAAGAAAAUGAUUUUAAAUUUUAAGCUCUUUUUAUACAGGUCUGAUGGGAAACUUAUCUUCACGGGUAAAAUGUUUUAUAAAAUAAUCUCAAAGAACUUUUUAAAGAAACGUGUUUCUAAAAUAAAGACAUGGCUAUUUUUUCUGUAAAAUAUAUUAUGAAUAUUCUGUUAGUCUGUAUUUAAUAUAAUUGUUUUUUUAAUAAACUCUAUUUAAAUGUAAUAGGUGAA